UUUUCGAAAGUGGAUGACUGACUGUUGAUGCGCACUUUACUUCAACUUGUCCAGAGUGUUCAGUGCCAGGGCAAGCAGAACUUCUUUGAUUAAGUGCAUGUGUUGUAGUGUUGGGUAAACCAAACAACCAUGCACCUGUUCAUUUGGAGACAAGCUUUGGUCCUUGUUAUCUGUCUGCAACAAAUUCUUGGUCAAGAAGAAUUGAUAUGCUCAAAGCCAACAGACCUGGCCAUUUUAUUGGAUUCAACCGAUGCUCAGAUCGACAGCAAAUGGCAGAACGUGCUCAGUUUUACCUCAACAUUAGUGGACGCCUACAGCAUCGGACCCUCAGAAACAAGAGUAAGCAUAGCCACUUUUGGAGGUGUUAAGCCAAAAUCGAUUCUCGCUUUUAAUACCUUGAAAGGCAGCGAUCUUACCAUGGAGAAGGUCAAAGAACGUGUAUCAGCAAUACCACAUGAUAGGGUGCAAGCCAGGUUCAUUGACAAGGCUUUGCUGUUUGCAGACAAGGAAAUGUUUAAUACAGGCAAUGGCAUGAGAAAUGAUCCUAAUGUCUUGAAGGUACUUGUCGUGUUUUUAGCCGGCAAGCAAUCUCCAGGACCAUCAAUCUCGCUCCAUGAAGCCACCAAAGGGCUGAGGUUAAAAGCCGUGGAUAUAUUUACCAUCGCAGUUCCAAAUGUAGCGGAUGUUGAUGAAAAUGACUUGUAUGAGAUUGCGACAAGCACAGAGAAUGUGAUGACCUCGAAGACUUACCRAGAGUCUGUAACGCUGGCGGAAGACGUAGCAAAGAUGGCUUGUGGAAUCAAGAUAUUAGAGGUUAGUAUUAAUACAAGGUGCAUAGCAGUACAGUUAUAUAUGAAUUAUUAUUAUUACCAUGGUAUAAAGGUUAUUCGUACAAACACAACAUACUUGGACUAUAUUGUGUUUGUGAACGUGCUUUGGUUAAAAGGUGAGGUCAUUUAAUAAUGCUGCACAUGUGAUUCUUUUGUCUAUGAUGAUAACAAUGUUAUUUUUCAUGUGACUCGUACUUCACGUGUACAUGUUUAUUGACAUGAAAUAACACCACGUGACUUCAUUGUUUAUUAU